UACAAAAGGUAGGAACCGUUCUCUCAUGCGCGUUUUGACGGACGGUCUCCAUUUACUGAAGCAAGUGUUUGUUUACUUCCGUUUAAUUGUGCCGUUCGGACAGUAGCUUUGAAAUGCAGCAGCGGGAGGAGAAGCAGCUGGAGGCGUCUCUGGAGUCUCUGCUUGCUCGUGUGGCUCAUCUGAAAGGUUCCCUGCAGAGUUUCAUCUUGAAACUGGAAAACGAGCAUGACAGACUCACAUGGCCCUCGGUGUUGGAUAAUUUCGCCCUUCUGUCCGGGCAGCUGAACACCAUCAACAAGGUGUUAAAAAACGAGAAGACCCCAUCCUACAGGUCCCAGGUCAUCAUACCCCUGCUGCUGUCUCCUGAUCGAGAUGAAGAGCUGGUGAAACUAACAGAGCAGCGAGUGCCGGUGUUCAGCCAUGAGAUCGUGCCGGAUCAUCUCAGGACCAAACCAGACCCAGAGGUGGAGGAACAGGAGAAACAUCUGAGCGCCGAAGCGGCCCGGAUCGGACCUGAAGUAGCUCAGAAACAGAUCCAAACACUGAAUAAACUUUGCACGAAUCUUUUGGAAAAGCUGAAUAAUCCUCGUGAUGACAGAGACUCUGAAACAUCAGCUUUGAGACAAAACAAGCCAUCCUUCAAUCCCGCUGACACGAAUGCUCUGGUGGCAGCGGUGGGGUUUGGAAAGGGACUCUCGAAAUGCAGACCACCCGGAUCCGUCCCUCCUGGUCACCCUGGACAGCCGAUGAUGUCAGCAGGUCCCACACUACAACAGGUCACGAUCGCUGGAACCACGGGCCAUCAGCCCGGCAUGGGAGGACAAGUCACCCAACAGCAACCUGGUCAACCUGGUAAAAUGCCCAGCAACAUCAAGACUAACAUCAAGUCUGCAUCCAUGCAUCCUUACAACCGAUGAGUUUCAUUCAUAAAAUGCUGCAUUUUGUGCUACAAAGUUUGUUAUAUAAAGCAAAGAAAGCUCAUUUGUUUUGUGCAUUUUCAAUAAACUAAUUUGUUGAAAUCA